AAAGCCCGUUGGUGACUGUAUCAGUGUGAUCAAUCUUCAAGGCAAGCUGGACUGCAAGUAUGUCGUUGGGUUUUACUACAGUCCGAAGCCCCAGCGUGCCAAUCUCAAAGAGCGUUGGCCUGAGUCUAUUGAAGAGAACCUUGAGCGCUUGGAAGAUGCCGGUAUCCCUUAUGAUAGAGAAAUCCCAAAGUGCUCAAACUGUGGAGAAAUGGGUCACACUGCGCGUGGCUGCAAGGAGGAGCAUGUGGUUCAUGAACGUGUUGAAGUGAAGUGUGUCAACUGCAGCGCUGUCGGACACCGUGCCCGUGACUGCACUGAGCCUCGCCGCGAUAGAUUCGCUUGCCGUAACUGCGGAUCCUCCGAGCAUAAAGCAGCCGAAUGUCCUAACCCUCGCUCUGCAGAGGGUGUUGAGUGUAAGCGUUGCAAUGAAGGUGAUACAAUUCAGCCCAAAUUUAAACAUUCCUACAUGCUGAUAUGUACAUUCAGUCGGUCAUUUUGCGAAGGAUUGUCCACAGGCCCCUGCCCCGAGAACCUGUCGCAACUGCGGGUAAGUAUGAGUCCCACCCCCUCAAAGGCCUCACCUUUCUGUCUUUCUUCUUUUUGGCUCUGGCCUAUGACGACGAUCUAACAGAACAGAUCCGAGGAUCACAUUGCACGAGACUGUGAUAAGCCACGUGAUAUUUCAACCGUGACUUGCCGUAACUGUGAUGAAGGUUAGAAUCGACGUUCCACCUCAUCUAGGGCCCUCAAA